AUGGCACCUACAACACGCUCCCAAAACUCCUCCCUCCGCUCCUCACCAGCACCCACCUCACCACCGUCCUCUAAAUGCUCCCUCUCCACCUCCUCCGCAUCAACCCCUUCAAAAUACUCCAAACAAUCGUCCUCAUCCUCCUCCCCUCCCCCUCCUCUACCCGCGAAGCCUCGGAUCCUCAUCCUUGGCACCGGCUGGUCAGGCUUCACCCUCGCCCAACGCCUCUCCUCUUCUCCCAUCUCCACCACCCAUCAAAUCGUCCUCCUCUCGCCCCACCGCACCAUGGCCCUCACGCCCCUCCUCGCCUCAGCAGCAUGCGGCAUCUUCGACUUCAGGAUCGCGGAGGAGCCGGUGAGACGGUUGGGAAACGCGGGGCAGCUAGUGAAGUAUCAGGUGAAGGUGGAGCGGGUGGAUCUUGGGGGGAGAAGAGUUUGGUGUAGAGCUGUGGUGGGGAGUAAUGGGAAUGCGAGGCUCGCUGCUGCUGAUGGAGUGCCUGGGGAGAAAGAUAGAGAGGGGGAGGGUGGGGAGUGGCACGAAGGGGACGGAGAAUUUGAGAUAGGCUAUGAUACAUUGAUCUUAGCGCCUGGGAGCGAAACGAAUACCUUUGGCACGCCUGGAGUGCUGGAUUGCUGUCUCACGAUGAAGUCUGUUCAGGAUGCGAUGAGGCUGAGAGAAAGUAUAUUGGAUUGUUUUGAAUUGGCAAGUCUGCCAGUUUAUGAGGAGGCAAAGAAGAAGGAGCUGCUGCAUUUCGUUAUUGUUGGGGGUGGGCCGACGGGUGUGGAGCUUGCAGCUGAGAUUGAUGAGUUGGUUCAUGGCCAUUUGCUGAGGAUCUAUCCUGAUCUCCAAGGCCUUCCCACGAUCUCCGUAUACGAUGUUGCGGAUCGCAUGCUCGGCCAAUUCGGAGAAAAAUUGAGCGAGUACGCGAUGGAGAAGUUCCGUCGCAGAGACGUCCGUGUUUGCACGAAGAGGGAGAUUAAGGGGUUUGAGCGGGGUGUUAUGGAAGUCAAGGAUGAGGGGGAAGUCAAGUUUGGGGUGGCGGUUUGGUGUGCGGGGAACAAAGCUACUUCUUUGGUGGAAAAUUUGGAUGUGAAGAAAAGUGAAGGGGCUAUGCAGAGGGUGUUUACCGAUAAAUGGCUGAGGGUGUUGAAACCUGACAAAGAGGAAGGAAUUGUUGAGGGUGUGUAUGCACUUGGUGACGCAGCGGACAUCGAGGGCAAUGCUCUUCCUCCCACAGCAGAAGUUGCGCUUCAGAAGGCAGAAUGGCUUGCCAAACAUCUCAACGAGAUUGAGUAUCGCAAAGCGGAUGGGAAAGGAAUGGAAGAAGAAGGUUUUAAUGCUUACAUUGGAAGGAAGGAUGGUGUUGUGGAUGGAGGUGGUGAGUGGACGGGGAAGGGGGCUUGGCUUGCGUGGAGGAGUGGCAGUUUGGAGUGGACGAGGAGUUGGAGACGGCGGUGUAUGAUUGUGUUGGUUUGGGUUAUGAAUAAAUUUGAUGGGAGGGAGAUUGCUAGACGGUAG